CAAGUGCACACACAUACACACACAUACACACAGCCCCACACAACAAGCAGUGUAUUUACCAGUCUGCCUUCAGAUAGACCACCCUGCUGGAGCACUGACUUUGAAGCUCUCAGGACUUUGCUAUGUGGAGUUUUAAAUCAUCUGGAUUAGACUCUGAAAAUUGAGGAAAUAACUUUUUCUUUAGGUUGAGUUUUGUUAAAUCAGCAUCUUUUUCCAUCCUCAACUUUUUUUUUUCUUUCUUAUUUUCUGCUGAUCUGGACUCACACUCCCCUGUGAAUGCUGAGGCUGGUGGGUGAACCUCAGAAACAAGGAGGCGAAGUGGUAACCAUGUGGAUCCCAACCCCAAGUAUGACUCUCCCUCAGCGGGUGGUGCUGUACGGCACAUGCAUGAUGGCGUUGAUGAAUUCUGUGGGCCUCCUUGUGCUACUGAUCCAGCAGAACCAGCAGCGAGUGUUACUGGAGCAGACAGAGGGGAGGCUGACGGAGGUGCAGCAGAGCUCGGUGGUGGAGUUCAUCCAGGAGGUGCCCAGAGGAGCAGCAGGGCUGAGGGCAAGCGUCGUGGACCAGCCAAAGUAUCAGUACCAGUUCUCCAGGAACAAGAGGAGCGAGGAGCUGGAGAAGGAGCUACAGCAGGAGCUUCACCUAGAGGAACUAGAGGAAGUGGUGCAGGAGCAGGAGGUCAGCCAGGAAGUGGGAGAGGAAACAGAGAAGAAGAUGAAGAAUGAAGGGAAACACAAGCACGGACACAGCAGCCAGAGUUAUCACAAGGCACAUGUUCAGAAUGACAUGAUGAUGAUGAUGACUUACUCCAUGGUGCCGAUCAAGCUAUUGAUUGACAUUUGCAACAGCACAAAGGGAGUCUGCAUAGCCGGACCUCCAGGACCGCCUGGUUUGCCCGGUACAGACGGUAUGCCCGGUUACAAUGGGACUGAUGGCAUCCCUGGACUGAAUGGCGUGCCCGGGGCUGAUGGGAAAAGAGGAAAAAAAGGGCCACCAGGUGAGAAGGGAGAGCCAGGCGGAACAGGAGAGCCAGGAGAGCCUGGUCCGCCGGGAGAGAAGGGACAACCAUCCAAUGAUGUCAUCGUAGAGGGUCCUCCUGGUCCUCCAGGAGCUCCUGGGCCCAUUGGGCCUCAAGGACCUCCUGGCCCUCAAGGUCCCACCAGAACCAGGCACCACAGAGCCAACCUUCAGGCAGCUCAGACAAUUGGGCUGUUACAUGCAGUUCCAAAUGACGAUACCUCAUCUGUAAAGGAGGCUCUGAAACUGCCCGUGAAGAAGAACGAGUGCCUGAUCAAGUCCCUGAUCAACCCCAGGAACGUGGCAAAGAUGGAGAGCACGUUUGGUACAUGGAUGAGGGACACUGCACGACUGCACGAUGAGAGAAUAUGGGUGGCAGAACACUUCUCUGGUCGUGUGGUGAAGGAGUAUAAGAGCAUCGCCUCCUUUCAGAGCAACAGCAGUGAUGUAGUGGACGUCAGAAAGUUCUACCAAGGCUGUGGCCACACCGUUCACAAUGGCUCCUUCUAUUAUCAUAUCGCUGGUACCUCCAGUAUUGGCAGGUUUGACUUUCACACCAAGAAGCUCCACACUCUGAGUAUAGAGAACGCUCUGUACCACAGCCUCGCCUACCUGCUCCACAACUCCAAGACUUAUUUCAAACUAGCAGCAGACGAGAACGGCCUGUGGCUUAUCUUUGCUUCCAGCGUGGACGAGAGCAUCAUGGUGGCCCAGCUGGACCAAAAGACCUUCUCCGUCACGUCGUACAUUAACACCACCUACCCCCGCACGAAAGCCGGCAACGCCUUCAUCGCCUGUGGUGUCCUGUACGUCACAGACACAAAGGACACCAGAAUCACCUUCGCGUUCGACCUGUUAAAGGGGAAGCCGGUGAAUAUGACCUUUGACCUGAGGCCUCCUGUUGGAGUGCUGGCAAUGCUUUCCUACAGCUCGAAGGACAGACACCUGUACGUGUGGGACAACGGCUCUGUCAGGCUGUACGUGGUCCACUUUAUCUCUGAUGAGUGAGCGGCAUUAGUCUCACAACAGACUGUUACAUGAUGAGAGUUAGAUUUAUCUUUGGUGAUCAUUCAUUUUUAGAUAUUUUGGAAGUAUCAACAUGUAAUAAUAUCAAUUUAAUGCCCUGGGUAUUAUUCCUGUCAGAUUAAAGUGUAAUCUGUACUUUAAAGUCACAAUCUCACUCUAAGAAGUGUUUUUAGUCACUUCUUCUUUUGAUAUUUAUGGUCAAAAAUAAUUACUGCUGUAUGCAUAUCUUUUUUUUGCAAUGUUCAUGUAAAGUGUUGAAGUUACUAACAGAUUGAAAAUCUGUUACACUUUUAUAUCAGUUUUAAGUGAAACCAAAUUGAAGUUAUAACUCAAUUUUAGUGUCAGUGUUGUACGUUCUGAAAUGUUUUGCAUGAAGUGUAUUUUUAUAUGGAUGAACAUGUUAAUGUAAUGAAGCAGCAUGGUCCCUCUGUCGCUCAGUCUACCUGACAGAAAAGAAAAAAAAAAACAACAGUGCCAAAUCCACCUGAUGAAAUAAAAAGAAUUUAUUCACUUUACAAAGGUAAAACUCUGACCAUGACCUGUUCUCUCACACACCUCCAGGCUCAAAUGCCCCAGUAAGCGUCUACCCAUGAUAUUGGCUUCUUUUGCAUUAUUACAUGCACACACACACACGCACACACACACACACACGCGCACCAGACACCAGUAGGACCAUCGGUAAAACACUUAAGUUACAUACAGUACACAUAGUGGGCAGAAAGAGGGAGAGAAACACAAAUCUCUUUAAUAAAUACCAAACAUACACUUAACAAAAGUUACAACUAAUCCAGCUGGUAUGAUACAAA